AGUAGUCCGUAUGCGUGCGGGCAGCUGGGAUCUAUUUAUCCUGAGUGUGCAUUAGAAAUCACUAACUUCACCAACAAGAAUCCUUUUUCUUGUCUGUUCUGCUUUGCCAUCUGAGGAUUAGAGCUACUGGUACAGUGUUGUUUCCAGAGUUUAACUCCCCCAAGUUUCAAGCAUGGAGAUGAAACCCCCCCUCCCCAAUUCACUGGGGUUGCCUCCUCCCUCUUGUCUCUCUGUUCAAGGGACGUCACUCCCCUGGCUGUGGCGGGACUGGGAGUCUGAGGGGUGAGGCAGGGGCAGAUCCUAUGAAGAAACUCUGGGGACAGAGGGAGGCGUGAAUGCACUGCUCCGUCAAGUACAUGCCAGCAUAUGAUUGAGUGCUGAACAGAGUGCAGCAGCAGAGUUUGAGGCAGUGCUCCGAGGGAUCAGUGGAUGUAAUUUGACUUAUACUUUUGCCUCUUUUGCGGCUGAUCUGCUGCACCCUGCAGAAGGGGUUUGGAAGAAACACACCAACCUAUCAAACAACAUUUGCUUUUCCCUGUUUACACCCAGAUCUGUCUGAUUCACAUAGUGUCCACAGGUAAGUGCAAGUCUCAGAUAAAAAAGUAAAAAUGUAAUGAUUGCUAUAAAUGUAUGUGCAUAUGUUUUAGAUGAUUGGCGCUGGCAAAUAACAGAAAUAUAUAUAUAGUAGAUAUGAGUUGUUUGUAAAGUAGCAACAAUUUCAGUUAAAUUUAUAACAUGUUAAUCUAGCUGUGCAGUUUAAAAAAACUCAGACAUGUGGAAAAAUGAUACCAAAUAGAUCUGCAUGAGAGAUUUUGAAGUUUGUUUGUUUGGUUUUCAAACUAAAGAAAUCUAAGUUUUUAAAUUUCGCUCUCUACAGUAAUCAGUUUUCAUUCACUGUAUACUAGAGAUGCUGUAGUACAAUCCACAUUGUAAUGCUAAUGAGCUGUCACAGCCUAAACUCUUUUCUUCAGGUCAAAAGAAACACAUUUAAAUAGAAAUCACUGCGUGUUUGAAUGGUUGUCAACAUUAAUUUUGGGUCAAGCCAAUCUAAAUGCUGUUUCCAAGAAGUAUGAGUAACUUCAAAAGCAAGCUAUUCAUGGGAGACCGGCAUAUACAAGUCUUCUUUUAUCAUAACAUAUCCGUGUAAAUACUUUAGGCAGGGGCCUCAGAAAUCCUUUAAUGACAAGAGGCAUUUUAGGUUCAGUCAAAACAAAGAGGAUCUUACAGUUUGUCUAUUUGUGUCCUUUUUUAUGUAAUCAUUUAAGAGUGUGUAAUGUCUUCAUUGUGUUGUGGCGGUGCAUUCAUGGUCCCCCCUAUGAAUGCAGCUCUUUGAGUACUUAGAUCUGCACCAUAACCCCAAACAAAAGAUUUUAAUGGGGCACCACUGUAUGAAAUUUACCACGCUAUAAGACUUGGCAGCCUUCCUAGAAUGCAUGUCAAAGUUUGUUGGUUAAAGACCUGUCUCAGCAGCCGUAACCCACCUUUGUGUCAUCCUCACAUGUUAUGCAACUGACAUUUCAGCAUUUUUAAAGAGAGCGGGCUCUGGGAAAAUGUAAAACAGGUGGAGUUAAUCAAACUGUGCUCACUGAUACUCUUUGGUUUCUCAACUCUAGAGUUAUGUGAAAAAGUGCUGAUCAUAAUAUUCAAAGAUAAAGAAGAGCAGAAAUGAUUAAGGGACGUUUUCUCUUGAGCUUUAACUUGACUUUUUUCAACUAAGAUUACUUCUUAAGGGUUUUAUCCAUGCCUUUAAGGGGUAAGAAUGCAGUGUACACACAUACUUGUAAACCUGGACACUUUAAUCUAUCCAAUCACCUGCUUAUACCACAGGGCUCCUCCUGGGUGUGUGUUUGAGUCAAUAGAAAAUCUGCUCUUUUUAGUAAAGUGGUUCAAAUGUGGCUGCUAAGGUAUUUUCGGUCUUUUCUCUUUCUCUCUGUCAGCAGGUGUCAACAUGUUGGAGCAGGUCCUGUCAUUCGGCCGCUCCCUGGUGCGCAGGAAAGUGGUUGACCUGAGUAGCCUGGAGGACUCAAAGCUGUGCCGCUGCCUGGGAACUGUUGACCUCAUUGCCCUUGGAGUUGGUAGCACUCUGGGUGCUGGCGUCUACGUCUUAGCUGGUGAAGUGGCCAAGGGCGACUCAGGCCCCAGCAUCGUCAUCUCCUUUCUGAUAGCUGCCCUGGCCUCUGUGAUGGCUGGUCUGUGUUAUGCAGAGUUUGGAGCGCGUGUCCCAAAGACUGGCUCUGCGUACCUUUAUAGCUAUGUGACAGUAGGAGAGAUCUGGGCCUUCAUCACUGGCUGGAACCUCAUCCUGUCCUACGUUAUUGGUAAGUUAGUGAAAAUGUUUGGAAAGUUUACGAUAAAGAGAAACUGAUUGUUUAUGGAGUCUGUUUGUUGCUGUCUCACAGGUACCUCCUCAGUUGCCAGGGCUUGGAGUGGCACUUUUGAUGAAAUGAUAGGAGGACACAUAGAGGUCUUCUGUAAGACUUACUUCAGCAUGAACUCUCCUGGAUUGGCUCAGUACCCUGAUUUCUUUGCUGUCUGCCUGAUUCUGCUGCUCUCUGGUAAGCUAUCAGACACCAACUGAGAAUUACAAAAUACAGCACAUCACUAGAAAAGCUGCAAAGGAAGAACUUAAAGCUCUAGUAAGGAACUUUACUAGUUCCUGGUCCCCCCAUGUGUACAAGAUGAUAUCUCCUUUUGAUCUUCUCCUGCACAUUAAAAAUAAGUAUACAGCCACAGUAAGGGGACCAGAUUUCUGUAAUGAAAUCUGACAACAUCCGGGAACAUAUUUCUGGUGAGUGGGGAGUGGAGGUGGGGGUGGGGGGGUGGGGGCAUCGGCUGCAUGAUCACAGACAACAUCUUGGUACUACUUAGUAGCAGUGCAUGCCCCCCCAUUAAAACUGUUGUUCAGGACUGCGCGCAACAUGCUUACUUGCACUUCCUACCUACUCGAGUACCGUAAUAACCAUUGUUCUAGUCUACAUGCAACAUUUUUUUAUCUCAUUCAUGAAACUCUUAAAUCAGGACAUUUUCAGGAAUGGUUUUAGCCAGGGACAGGUCAACCAAAUCGGGGACUGUCCCCAGAAAUCGGGGACGUCUGGUCACCUUAAGCCACAGACACUUUUUAUUCAUUGGAUCUCGUUUGUUUUUGUACGUUACAAUCAGAUUUUUUUUUUAUUUCAGUCUGUUUCAUGAUCGACUGAGAACUUCUCACAGCAGCUUUAAUUGAGAAUAGGUGGAUUUUAUUUGAAACAAGAACCUUCAUUAGUUAAAGCUGUAUGAUCUGAGACACACAGGCCCAACAGAGAAGGGCAAUGUGAGUCCAUAGGGAUCCCCCCCUUCAUUUUCAAAAACUCCCUGAUCACCCUGAUGGUUUCCAGCAGCACCCUGCUUCACUUUCCCACAGUCACAUAAAUCAUAUCUGAGAUCUUUCCAGAACAAGCAUAGUUUCGUUACAGGGACCUUAGUUUCUUCGGUUGCUGUUGAGCACUUGGAGGACGGAUCAUAUUAAUUUCCCGUGGUCAUUUGGACCACAGAUCAGGACUUCAUAACAGGCCAAGUUUUGGUUCAAUUCUACCUUUAUGGGCCUGAAGCUAAAACUGGGGGAGAUGUUAUCAUGUGUCUUAAAGCUCUGCCAAUGCAAUGAUGAGAUUAUGUCUGCGUGGCCCUUACACAAUCCACCAGUGUUAUGUUGUUUUGAGGCCACAGAUAUCAGAACUAGACAAGGAUUCGUUAUUCGUACUAUUCCCAUGUUAUUAACAGUUUAUGUAUGUAUUAAAGCUGUGUUAAUAUUUCCAUCUGAAAUUAGUUCACCAUGUGCUGUCCUGACAAACUUUUCACUCGACACAGGCCUCCUGUCGUUUGGUGUGAAGGAGUCAGCCUGGGUCAACAAAGUUUUCACUUCAGUUAACGUGCUGGUGCUCUUGUUCGUCAUCAUCUCUGGCUUUGUCAAAGGAGACGUAAAUAACUGGCAGAUAUCAGAAGAAUCCCUUAUUAACGUCACCAUAGUUACGAGGUAAUUAUUUCUUUGGUAACUGUUACACAUGUAUUUCUGUGUACCUCUCUAACGCAAAGCUGCCUACUGAACAACAUCGAAAGCAUCCCAAUCAUCACCAUUGUUAGUCUGUUUAUUUGGGCCGUCCUUCAGCACUUCCUGCCUAACAUUUGGGGUAACUCCUCCUCCUCCAGUCACUUACUUUUCAGGGUGAAGUGUUGCUAUCUGACACUUUCCAUGUUUCAGGAAUCUUUCAGUUGUGGCCAAUGUGAGCAGUGAUUAUGGAGCUGGAGGAUUUAUGCCCUAUGGCUUCAGUGGAACCUUAGCCGGGGCUGCUACCUGUUUUUACGCCUUUGUGGGGUUUGACUGCAUUGCAACUACAGGUAAGCUGCUUAGACUGAGGUAUGGUUGAGUUUUAUAGGCACAUGUGAGGGUAUUUGUUUGUAUGUUUGUGUGUAUCACAGGUGAGGAGGUGAAGAACCCUCAGAGGGCCAUCCCUAUCGGCAUCGUGGUGUCCCUGACGGUGUGCUUCCUGGCGUACUUUGGUGUGUCCGCUGCACUCACACUGAUGAUGCCUUACUACCUGCUGGAUGAGAAGAGCCCCCUGCCCAUGGCAUUUGACUAUGUGGGCUGGGGUCCCGCGAAAUAUGUGGUUGCAGCAGGUUCACUGUGUGCGCUCUCUACCAGGUAAACACUGAGUUAACUUUUUCCAGAACAAGUUGAAGUCAACAAUAUCAAUAUUUCAUAGUAGAAAAAAACAGUAAGAUGUAAGAUUAAUUGUAUUUAAGUCAGUUUAAUUAAUCGUGAAUGUUAAUUGGUGUGCUCACUGUAAAUGGGUGAUAAUGGUGAAUGAGAUCUGGCCAAUUGUCUUGACCAAUAUCUCAGUCUACGUCUUGCUGUUGGAUUGAUUCCUUUAUUGUUGGAUGCAGCAGGGGUUGUGUAUAAUUCUCUGUUUUAAGAUACCAGCAUGCUUUAAAAUGUUCUCUCUGUAAUAAAUGUCUCCUGUAAAGGUGGCAAAGCUUUUCUCAAGUCAAUAUACUGAUGUGACUUUAUUCAGUCUUUCUUCCCUGAAGGUCUGCUAGAGCAGUUCUCCCUCAUUUUUCCCUCAAGAAAACACGAUAAAUGUCAGUUAUCAGCUCAUCCCAUGAUCUUCAUCCAUGUGCCUAUCAUUAAAUUUGAAUGGAGUCAAUUAAAUUUUAAGUACUCAGAGGCCAGCCCUUCCAACAGUUGUUUUUGAUUAUUCCCCACAACGAGGAAAAAUCCUUGACAAUUUUUGUUUUUGUGCUGUAUGACGGCUGGAAGUUAGGAUCACUUAUGAACUCCUAUAAACUGUGAAACCGUACAAUAAUUAAAGAGUGCAGGAAUUUGCUAUAGAAGCAGCUAUCUAAUUUUAUUUAACUCCAUUUCUUUGGUUUUAUAUGAACUGAUAAUAAUAAUAGAAAAUAAUGCUGUUAAGUAUGCACCUACAGGAAAGAAAGACUCAUGCUGUAAAGAAGUGAUUGUGAGUGUAAUUGUGUUUAUGUCCAUGUGUUUUCGGGGCUUUGACUAACGUGUUGGUCUUUGCAUGUCUCUGCUGUCUCAUGCAGUCUGCUGGGUUCCAUUUUCCCCAUGCCUCGUAUAAUCUAUGCUAUGGCAGAGGAUGGGGUGCUUUUCAAAGCCUUAGCACGAAUCAAUCCUAAGACGAAGACCCCACUUAUUGCCACUAUGACCUCCGGUGUAGUUGCAGGUGAGAGCCGGGGACAGUGAGAUCACUCCUGCUAAUCUUACUCCACCAAUCAACUAUGAAAGACACGGUUAAAAAUGCACAUCAUUUGGCUCUUCUGUUCCUGAAAUCGACCCUAACUCCUAACUUAGGAGUGUACACGUUCCAGUUUGAAGAGGUUUUCCCUCCAUAAAGACGAGUUGUUCUUUCACAGUUGUGCAGGUGUCAUGUUUUCUUUCCCAGAAUGCCCUCAACUUAACCAUGAACCCUCUUCUUCCUAGCCUGUUGGGCUCCAUGUUCCCUCUGCCGCGCAUUCUCUUUGCCAUGGCGCGAGAUGGCAUACUGUUCAAAUUUAUGUCCAAAGUGAGUAAGCGCCAGUCGCCUGUGGCUGCCACCAUGGCGGCAGGCACCACUGCGGGUAAGCUCCCGGGAUCAGGACUCGCCUAUCAUGGGGUUGUAUCGUGGACUUGUUGGGGGAUGCACAUGGUGGUGGUGACUGCAUGUUGACGUGGUGAUGGUGUUUCCUAAAGCAUGUGGGAGUAAGGCUGACGAGUUCAUGAACUUUUCAUAAAGUUAGGUAUAGUUAAUGUUUGCUUCUUCAGCCUAGAUGAUUCAAUGACAGUUUUUAAAAUCAAAGGGAAUAAGUGAACUUCUACUCUGGUAACAUUAUAAUGAUGAAAAGAAGCAGCGUUGGCUCGCCAUCCCCACUCUGCUGUACUUCAACAUGCUUCCAGUGUUACUGUACUGACUGCCUGAAGUCUGGUGCAUGUGUUAUAACUUCUUGGCAAAAGAGCAAUAAGCAUACACUCUUUAUUGACCUUAUAUUCUUCUUUAUUAAACAGUUUAUAAGAGUUACAUUGAAGCCUGCUUUGGUAAAAGACAGUAUCUAAGUUCUCUUCCAAAUAGGAGACCGUCCUCGAAUUAGGGAGCACCAAUAAACCACAGGGUGGUAAAUAGGUGGUUAUAUCUAUUAUAGGAUUAAAAAAUAGGAAAAAGUUACUGCUCUCAGUUCUUUUUCAUUGUAUUUCAUUUCCGUUUCACGACUUCAGCUGUUUCCUUGUUAACGCUGACAUAUAACCCAACAGGAUCUAUGUUCGUUGUUGCUUUAUUUGCAAAAUAUUCAUAUUCUGAUCCUGGCUGGUACAUAAGCAGGAUCGAAGCAUUUAUCUAGAACAUUUCCAACUUGUCUUUCUGUCAAGAUAAAAUGAGCUAUUUUUUAAUCAUUUUUUACCACUACAAUGUAAGGAGGAUAUUCAGCUCUUGUCCCUCAUGGAAUCGAUGUGGUGUUCAUACAUGAUAACAACCUGAACUCUUAAACUUGCCUCUCUGUUCAGUAUAACCCAGGUUCAGUUCAUGGUUGGAUUCUGUUCACUGUGCCCAGGUGUUUGGGCUGAGAUCUGUAAAGUUAUGAGCUGAUAAAGGGACAGCCAGAUGUCGUAAAAGGGGACCUGUUACACCCACUUGCCCACAGUGAGACAGACAGACCAUGUAGUGAGCAAUGACAGAGUUAGGCAGGAGCUUUCUUUAUUAUUUUUGUUUUCAUGUAAUGUUGUGAGGAGCAGCAGAAGUGAACUUUGAUGCUGUGAUCAGCUCCACACUGGAGUCUGGUGCUGAGAUCCAUGAGAGAAACUCCACAGUGUGUCUCACAUCAAACGGUGCUUGUUGCGGAGGUGACCACAGCUAUUAGCCUGGGGAAACAUGUGGACCUUUUUUUUCUUUGUAUUUUGAAAACUUGCUGCAUGAAUGAAAUUUGCAUCUGUUCUUGUUAUGCCAAUAUUUUGUAAGUUGUGUUUGAAAAUGUUCAAGCAUUUGUGUUGCACUAUUUACUGUAGAUGUUGAUAAGAGUUAAAGUGAUCAUUAUUCUGUUUAUUUUACAUGUUCCUUCAGUUAUUCAGUCAUUUCAGUUAAUUGUUGUUACUUUGCUCUCCACAGCCAUCAUGGCCUUCCUGUUUGACCUCAAAGCACUGGUGGACAUGAUGUCCAUUGGGACUCUGCUGGCCUACUCACUGGUUGCUGUGUGUGUACUCAUACUCAGGUGAGAUCGCAACAGACAAAAUCUUGUUUGUGCAACUUUGUGAACAUGGCUCCCCUUUCACUUUCCAGAAAAAAAAAAACCCACAGGUAUGAUUACUAUGCAGAGUAACCCACGCCCUGUGUCAUUGCAUCACACUGACUGCUGAUGUAAGCUCUGUGAAUGCCCCCAUUGUGAGAAUGUGAAGUGGCUGCUUGAGUGAAACAUGUUUACCUAAGUUUUGUGUUCUCACUAAACCGUGUACGCUGCCGCUGUUUGCACUUCGGUGUCUCACCACCACAGACGCAGUAAACACAGACACACUGUUUGGUUUCAACAGGAUUUAAUGCAAAAACAAACACAUUAAGUAUUUCACAAUGACAGUGGUUUGUCGCUGAAAGCCUAAUGGAUAAAAACAGGUCGAACUCUCAGAACUGAAGCUCUAAAUGUUUAAAUACAGAACAGCAAUGUCUCUGUUUUUGACUUUAACCUUGAGUAACUUGUGGACUUGUAACCUUUAACCAGUGAUUGAACCUCUCCUCUAGGUAUCAGCCUGAUGGAGCUCUGGAGCAGCGUUCAGGCCCUGGAGAGAAGGACUUCCUGUCCUCAGAGGAAGGCGAGUCUGAAUUGACUGAGUCAGAGUCUCACCUCCACAUGCUGAAAAGUGGCAACUCCACCCUGCAGACUGUCCUGCACCCUCCUGUCUCCCCCUCCGAGCAGUCCUCCAGUGUGGUCAACAUGUGUAUCAGUGUGCUAGGUAAGCAAUAGGAGUGGGAAUCACUACUGGUCCACGAUACGAUAUUAUCACGAUAUUUGGGCCACGAUAUGAUAUUAUUGCGAUUUUUGACAUUUUGAGAUACAGUGAGUAUUGGGAUACAAUAUAUUGUGAUUUAUAUAAUGUCUCCAACUGUUAAGCUAAUUUAGCAUUUGUCUUUCCUUUAUGUUCGUCUUAUUUAUGCUGUAUUUUAUUUUCAUAUAGCACAUUUUGCAAACUUUAUAUAUAUAUAUAUAUAUAUAUAUAUAUAUAUAAUAUAUAUAUAUAUAUAUAUAUAUAUAUAGUUGAUUUUAUUUUUCCAUUAUUAUAGAUUUGACUUCAUAUUAGCAAUUAAUUUGAAAAAUUGAUACUUGGUAAAUGAGAUGAUACGAUAUAUCACCUGACAAAAUAUCACAAUACUGUACCGUAUUGAUUUUUUCUCCCACUCCUAAUAAGUAGGCCAGUCCUUUUUAUUCAGUGACUUUAAAAAAUAUGAAGAUUAAAUGUUUAUUUAUUUUUUCAAUCACAGUGCUGCUGGUGUGUGUGAUGAGCUAUCUCACCACCUACCACAUAUACUGCAUCCUUAACAUGGAGGUGUGGAUCUUAGUGCUGCUGUCCACAUGUCUCCUCAUGUUCAGUGGCUGCGUCUUCAUGAUCUGCAGGCAGCCUCAGACAAGCAAGAAGGUCUCCUUCAUGGUGAGUAGCAGCUCAACAUGUCUAUUGAUUUGAAUUCAUACCAAGACCUUCAUUGUCACAUGACUCCAGGACUACACUAGAAGAUUAAUUCAUACCUUUGUUGUCUCAGGUACCUCUGCUGCCUUUUCUGCCCAUUCUGAGCAUAUUUGUCAAUAUUUACCUCAUGGUCCAGCUGAGUGGAGACACAUGGAUACGUUUCUCUGUGUGGAUGGCUGUGGGUGAGUGUCUCUGAACUACCAGUCUAAGGCUUUUCAUCCAUUGACCUUAACAGUGGCAUUUUAAGGAAUAGUUUGACAUUUUUAAAACACUUUUGGUGUACCCCCUCAGUGUCCACAAUCCUCGAUAAAUACGUCAACACCCAUUUUCAGAUUAUCCUUUUUUGUAUUCUUAACAUGAAGUUGUACGGCAGGUAGUUAGAAGAGACUAACAGAAGUCACUGCUCCCAACAAACCAGUCCAAGUUUUGUGAACAAUCUACGACUAUAGAUUCAAAUGUACUCCAAAGUUGAUAUGGCUGACCAGUGUUUCUUCUAUAAAAUCUCAUCGUUUGACCCUAUUUCUCAGGCUUUCUAAUCUACUUUGGCUACGGCAUGUGGCACAGUCUGGAGCGUCAACGAAAACUCCAGGGCCCUUCAAACAGCAGCAGUACGAAGGAGAAGAAACAGACCAGCCGGGAGCAGCAGGCUGGCGAGGAUGCAGUUGAGAAGGACCAGGAACGUUUCAUCUGCCCAGAAAAGACCAGCCAGUGUUAAAGUUUGUCAGCUCACUCACUGACUCUGUGAGGCCACAGAUGCAUAAAAGCAAACAGCAGCUCUGCCUUAAUGCACCUGUUUAUUCAACCUCACCCGGCGCGCCUCAGUCUCAAACAUUCGGUCUGAGAAUCACUGUCAGUAUUUUGUAGCAGCGGCCGCACGAUGGAGAGCUGCUCUAUCACUUCUUCUGGGACCUCAUCCUGAGUUGAGCUUCAUGGACGGUACAGGAGCAGAAUUAAGGACAGCUUACACUCUGGAGAGAGGUGUUGGUUUCUUUUACAAAUAGAGCAGUUGUUGCAGAACUUCAAAGUUUUCAUGUCUCAUUCUGCAAACUUGAUUUGUUAUUGCAAGACAAACAUUUUGUCUUUUGUUGUGUACAAUUGAAGCAGGCUUGUGGAGAGGAUUUUCUAAAUACAAGAGUAAACCUUGUAAAUCUGUGAAGGAAAUGCAGAGAUGAUAUUGGAUUUGGAUUCUCCAAUGAUGUGUUAUAGUUUUACAAGUUUUGUUACUUUGUGGUGAAAGUCUUCACUGAUCUUUGAAUUGAGAGAGACAGGACCAAAUUGGAUGAUAUUUUAAAAUAUGUUGUGCAUUUUUUUUAUGCAUAGACGGUAUGUCCUGAUAACAGCAUAAAAGCAUGAAAGAGAUGCUGCUAUAUUUAGACCAACGUGCUGUUAGGGGGAUUCAGUUUGGCUUUUCUGACUCUGGUGAGGUGUGUGUGUGUGUGUGUGUGUGUGUGUGUGUGUGUGUGUGUGUGUGUGUGUGUGUGUGUGUGUGUGUGUGUGUGUGUGUUGUGCGAAUGUUUCCAGCGUUUAAUGUCCAUAAAUUCUGAGUGGUAGUGUCUGUGCCUAGUUUUAUAACCCAGCCCUUUGUGUUUAACUUACUUGAUCGUUUUAGUUAUUUCCUUAUUGGGAGGGUCUCCUAUUUAGUUUCUGUUCAGCUGCUUGGCAGUGGGGGGUUUUGUUUCUCGUGUUUCUGAGCCUUGUUUUUUGAUCAUCUUAGUGGUUAUCCCUUGAGAUAACUUUCAGAACCCCCAUCCCUGUCGGACAAGUGUCUACAAUUGUGUCAAAAUCCCUCCUGCUGUCACACGUGCAUUAUAUCAAGUAGUUUUGUUGGCACUUAACACACCUUGAUUUAACGGAUCUACAUUGUGCCAGAGCUCUGAGUGUAGGUCAAGUGCUGUUUGCAUAUUCCUUGUUUUUUAUGUAACAGAUCCAUCUUAACCUCCAUCUGAGGUAUCAGUGACUGUUGUGGUAGUUUUUUGUUCCAGCACAGGUUUAUUUUUCUAUUUUCUGCUUUUACAUGUCUAAUUUGUAUACUGUUAAGAUCCAAAUAUGAAGAAUGAUAUUUGAUACAGAACUUAGAAUUAAAAUUAGAAAUAAAACUCUCUUUUUUCACUCUAA